UCUUACCUCAUCUAACCUCUCAGCAGUUUCAGCAGGCGAUUACAUUCGACGUGCUCUGGCGUUUGACAUAUGCUACUAUCAUCAGAAUGGUUCUGUUGGAGAAUGAUGCGUUCUUAGCGGAGUUAACCAAACUCUUUGACAAGUCGCGACUUUCGGGCGCAGUAUCACUCACUAUUAAAAGAUUUAAUGGACACAAUAAACCGGUGCCUAGGAAAGGUAGACCUCCUUUACCGACUCCUACAGAGUAUCUUUGCUUAGUUCGAGCAUCGCUUCGCAAUAAAAAAAUCACCACUAUCAUUCAUUCCAAGGAUGUGAACAAAUUCCAACAAGCAUAUUGGAAUCUCUUGAAGACGAAUAUAAGCGGAUUGAAGAAACUGAAGAAGGCGAAAUCGGCAAAACCGAAGGUUCACUGACCCAGCGAGGAUUAACUGCGUGACAGUUGUUUAUUUUUUGUUAUUAAAAUUUUCAUAUUCUGUUCACCACAUAUUUAUCGAUACCUGUCUAUUGUGUAAGCCGACGAGGAAGAAGCGUUUUAUGCAGCAUUUUGUAUAGACUGAUGUACAAAAGAUUAAUAAUACUGUUAUGAAAGUAUACAUAUAUGCGGCUGGUAUAUAGCAUGCUAAUAUGGAUGCAUUCCAUUUAAAGCCCGCAACGCUCGUGAGCAUUAUUUGUCCUUGUUUAACGUUCUAUGAACAAAAAAAAUGAAGAUUCUUAGAGCAUUACGAGCGUCAAGUCCUAUAUAAUUGUGCGCAUUUUCGUAAAUUUAUGUAAUAAUGAUAAGGCAAUAAGAAAUAAUUAUUAAGAUUAUUAAGAGAGU